UCGACCUCUGACCGCGGCGCGCGCACAAGUCAAGCGCGUCCCCGAGCACAAGAACCGUGACCGUUGACAAAAACUGCUUCUCACUCAUCAUGGAGCGAAAAGUAGCGAGGGAAUUUCGACACAAGGUGGAGUUAUUGAUUGACAAUGAAGCAGAGAAGGACUAUCUCUAUGAUGUUCUCCGCAUGUACCAUCAAUCAAUGGACCUGCCUGUCCUGGUCGGUGACCUGAAAUUGGUCAUUAAUGAGCCGAAACGCCUUCCCCUAUUUGAUGCCAUCAGACCCCUGAUUCCUCUUAAACACCAGGUCCAGUACGACCAGUUCACGCCCAAGAGAUCCAGGAAGUUGAAGGAAGUGCGUCUGGAUCGCACUAACCCUGAGGGUCUGGGUUUGUGUGUUCGAGGUGGACUGGAGUUUGGCUGUGGUCUCUUUAUCUCACAGAUAGUCAAAGAUGGACAGGCAGGAAAUGCUGGGCUGCAGGUUGGCGAUGAGAUCGUACGCAUCAAUGGGUACUCCAUCUCCUCUUGCAUUCACGAGGAGGUCAUCAACCUCAUCAAAACCAAGAAGACCGUCUCUCUGAAAGUCCGCCAUGUGGGCAUGAUUCCUGUCAAAAGCUCCUCUGAAGAACCUCUGAAGUGGCAGUUUGUGGAUCAGUUUGUGUCUGAAUCAGGGGAGAGGAAGACCAGUGUGGCUGGUUUGACUUCAAUAGGAGGGACAGAGAUUAAGGAAAAGAAAGUGUUUUUGAGUUUAGUGGGAACUAAAGGCAUGGGAAUCAGCAUAUCGAGUGGACCAACACAGAAACCAGGAAUAUAUGUGAGCAAUGUGAAGGCUGGGUCACUCUCAUCAGAAGUGGGCUUACAGAUUGGGGACCAGAUUGUUGAGGUCAAUGGGGUCGAUUUUAUGAACUUGAGCCAUCAAGAGGCAGUCCGGGUGUUGAAGAGCAGCCGUAGUCUGACCAUCACUGUUCUCACCGGAGCUGGGAGUGAACUGUUUAUGACGGAUGAGGAGCGCUUGGCGGCUGAAGCUCGGCGUCAGCUUGACAGACAGGAGCUAAUGCAUCAGAAGAAAGUUGCAUUAGAGACCAACAAGAUCAUCAAAGAACAGCAGGAGAAAGAACGAUUAAGGAAGAUGGAAAUAUCACAGAAGACUGCAGAGGAAGAGGAACGCCACCGGAAAGAAAUUGAGAGAAUUGAAGCAGCGGAGAGGAAACAUCGUAAGGAAUGGGAAGAAGACUGGGGCUCCAAGGAAAAAUCCAAAACUCCUUCUCCGGCGCCGUCGCCGUCGCCAUCUCCCCAACCACUGACACACCGUGCACCCUCACCAAAACCUAAAACCUCAACAUUCGGUUGGUUCUACCGUUAUGAAGGGAAGUUGCCUACGAUCAAAAAGAAAGGAAAGGAGACAAAGAAGAAGAAAAAGACCUCCAAGACUGACACUCUUCCAGCUGAGAAAAAGAACAAAAAAGAGAUGGAGUUUGAACUGAAGCUUGCAAAAGAAAAGGAAGAGAUACUUGAAAGAGAAAAGCAGAUGAAAAUCAGCAGACUUCUGCAAGAGGUAUCAGAAACUGAGAGGGAAGAUCUAGAAGAGUCAGAGAAGGUGCAGCAUUGGGUGGAGAGGCUCUGUCAAACCAGACUAGAGCAAAUCUCUUCAGUUGAAAAUGAAUCUCCAGAGAUGUCUCCAACACGUUCCCCUGCAUCAACUGGUCCCACCAGGCGGAGAUUCCCUGGAGGUCUCACGCUGGCCACCACGGACCUUGAUGACAUCAACUUAGAUGAAGUGGACCAGAGUCUGAGGCAGCCUCUUAAAAGACUAGCCCCAACUCCACCCACAUCCAACCAGGCUCCACCUCCCUUACCACUCCCUCCACCCUCACCCCGACUUUACAACACAUCUAACCACCGUCCUCCAUCUCCAAGAGCACCUCACCCAGUGCAACCCACCAGACCCGCUCCCCAACGUCCACCCUCCCCACCGGCCUCUAGGGUACCUCCUUCAUUUACAGGUCGUGCACGGCCGCCCCCCUCUUCCCCACAGUUUUCAUCCAGGGCUCCGUCCUCAUCUCAGCCACCUCCUCCUCCCCCACCACCUCCACCACCACCCCCACCUCCUCCUCCACCACCACCUCCACCCCCCUUGCACAUGGAGGACAAGUACCACACAAGGCCAUCCAACUAUCCCCGUUCCCCAAGCUUAUCCGAACAAGGCAGCAGGUUUAAUGAAAGUGGUUACCGGCCAAGAGGGGGGUUCCAGUACAUAAGCCACAGUAAUCUCUCGCAACCACCCAGCCCUAAGGUUAUGAGAAACACAUCUCAUGCAAGCAGAAUAUCAACUUCUAAUAAUCCACUGCAAAUAGCCCCCAGUCCUCCAAACCAGCGGAGACAGAUCAUCCCUGUCAUGUCCAAACCCGUCAUGCUACCAACUCAGACCUCACACAGACCCGCACUUCACUCAGAGACCAUGCCCCCAGAGAUGCUCAAACGGAUGGUCACGUACAACACGUCUUUUAAAUCCGGCAAGAAACAAGGAUUUCAGAAAUAUGUGGAUGAUUUCGAUCCAUAUUCUAUGUUCACGGCCGAGCAGAUAGCUGGGAGAGAUGUGCGACUUCUGAGAAUCAAGAAGGAAGGAAAGCUUGAUCUGGCUAUAGAGGGAGGAAUUGACUCACCACUGGGAAAGAUUGUGGUGUCUUCUAUCUACGAAGGAGGUGCAGCAGAUAAACACGGUGGAGUUGUGGAAGGUGAUGAGAUCAUGGCCGUGAACGGAAAGAUCCUGAUAGAUGGGACUUUGGCUGAAGGACAGACCGCAAUGGCUCAAGCCUGGAACAGUGGAGGGGACUGGAUUGACUUGGUGAUCGCAGUGUCCCCACCUAAGGAAUAUGAAGAUGAAGUCUUUAAAGCAGCAUCAGUCAGACCCACUGCAAAGAAUAAGGUUUUCAGUGCCCCUGUGUACAGACAGGGCUACAUGCUCCAGAUGCGACCGCCUAAUCCCCCGCCCUGAUCGGACGGUGGUAACAGUACCCCAAACCACCCCUACCCCUCUGGGGACAUUCUUUUGAGGACCUGUCCUGUAACAGUACUGCAGACCAGUUCAUAGAUCUCAUGGAGAAUCAAGAGACAGCCCUUAAACAUUUU